GUGUGAUAUCCCCUAUACCCGUGCGGCGUUCCAGAUCUGCCGCUACUCUGACUGCUUCCUUCAGAAAAGGCAAGGAGAAGAUGAUUGUUGAUCAUGCCUCUUCUGAUCAAACCAGGAAGAAGCGUAAAGGGAAUGACAGCAGCAUACUGAUCCCGGUCGAUCACGUGGUUGAUUUGACCGGUCCGGAUGACAAGCUGAAGAGACCUAUCAUCCCUGCCCAGCCCCAAACUCCAGUGUUUAACAAUACACCGGUCGAUGAUCGGAUGUUUGUGGAGUUUUCCAAUUUGGGGCCCCGAGCAGAGGGAAGGUACCUGUUCGGGAAGAUGCCAUCCUCUAUGUGGUGCAGUACCUCCCUGAAGGUUCCACCCAGUUUUUCUACUCCGACCCAUUGGUCUAACCUAGUCGAGGCAGGUCACUUGGAAACUCUUAAGGCAGGAGUAUACUAUCACCGGGCCUUCCUGACUGCAGAACAGGAGAUGAAGCGUAUAACCAAUGAUCGGGAAGAUAGCCAGGUUCUCCUUUCCGCCGCUCGGAAGCUGGUUGCAGAUCUGCAAGUUCGUGUUGAUGAAGGUGAACAAGUGAAGGCUGAUCUGGCUAAGGUGGAUGAGAGGGCCCGACGUCGUGAUCGUGAAAUUAGAGAUCUCAGAGCCAAGGUGAGAGCGGCUGAAUCUGCUGGGAUGCGGUUUGAUAAAUCAGCGGGGAAUAAUCCUCCCGAGCCGUAUAUUGCCAACACCUCCAAGAUCACUAAUCAGGCCUUGAUCGAAUAUAAACGCAGUAAAGGAUUGGAUAUCGCUUUACAGAACACCGCUCGACAAUUUUUGGGACCUCAUCUGGGCCAAUUCUUGCGUGAGAGCGAAGACCCGAUCAAGUCGGGAAUAGAGCUUCUGGAUAGCAUGCCCGAAGGGAAAUCUUUCUGGGAUGUCCUGACGGAGAAAACUGUGAAGCAAAGUCAAGAUCUGCUUCUAGACAGGAACCUCGACCUGAUCAUGGAACGCUUCCCCAAGCCGUUCGAUCCUGAUGAGUUGGGAUUUGAUGACCUGUUCGGGAAUACUUACGAUCGGGUUAUGGAGAUGAGACAGAAAGCGAUCCCUGAUGAUGCAGCACAGGCCGGCAGCACUCAACCUCAAUCUUCCCCGAACGGCAGUCGUCCAAUAGAGUAGUCCAUCUUUGUAAUCUUAUUCUUGUUUUUCUUGUACUUUCCG